CAAAACUGAGUUCGUUUUACCUCCAAUUGGAGACAUGUUCGAAAUUUUAGUCACCGGCUACAUCAACACCUGCCACUUUUACGCGCAAAUUCUGGACAAUGGAAAUGCCAAAUUGACUCGUCUCACGGAAGUCAUGAACUCUGCCAAAAGCGUACAAACUUACCACACUUUUAGAAUAUUUCCAGGAGUUGGAGAGGUCGUUCUGGUUAAAGACGAUGGUCAGUGGUACCGAGGACGCUGCAUCGACUACUCUGAAGACACUCGUUUUGAAAUAUUCUUAGUGGACUUUGGGUACACGGUCACCAAGAGACUCAAAGACCUCAGAGAAAUGAAAGAAGACUUUACAUAUUUGCCGUUUCAAGCGGUGGAGUGCGUUUUACACAACUGUCAACAAAAACGGAGUGUGUCGUCGACCUUGGCGAAGGUGUUUUUUGAUUCUUCCAUGAAGAUGAAGAUUUUUAGAGCUCUUGUGUUGGGAACUACUGAUGAUUUCAUGAGGUUGCAGAUUUGGAAUUCGGAUUGUAAGGAUGUGGGUGAAGUUUUGAAGAAGUUUGGUUUAGGCGAGGAUAGGGAUAAGGGGUUUUAUUUUGUUGAUGGGGUUUGCGAAUAGUGAAGCCAAAAACAUACUUUUUCGACAGAGAAGAUUAACAGUAGAGAAUUUUGUUUAUUUUUUUGAACGGCAUGCA